GCGUCGGAACGCUAAUGAUACGCAGUGGAGUCGACCGUUAGGGCUUCCGAGACCAUGCAGGACUAGUUCGUCCAUGCAUGGCCCCCCAUGUCUAACAGCCGAGAGCGCAACCAAUAAUGCGAUGAGACGUUAGAUUACGAGACGAGACGAAGGAGUACUGACAUGGGUGUUGUCCGGUACCACUAGAUAUUAAUAUCUGGGGGUCGGGAGGGGUGGUGGUGCGGACGUCUCCCCAAUUUGUUGCGCUUGCUGAUGGUUUUCGUGAUGUCGCGUGUGAAUGGGUCUGAUGUUAUGGAGGUCGAUACCGAUGCAGAGUCGGGGUAUGGAGACAGUGCGCAGUCAGAAUGGACUUCGCUCUGCAGCAGUAUCAUGAACUACCACUAUGAUAAUGGACGACGCUACCACGCCUACCAUGCGGGAUCAUAUUGGGGCCCCAACGACGAAAAAGCCAUGGAACAACUAGACAUAGGCCACCACGUCUUCAACCUCCUGCUAGACGGAAAGCUCUACCUGGCACCGAUCCCAAAGAACGUCGAACGUGUCCUCGACAUCGGCACAGGAACCGGUAUAUGGGCUAUUGACUUCGCAGACACGCACCCCGCUGCCAAGGUAAUCGGAACAGACCUCUCCCCCAUCCAACCGACCUGGGUCCCACCAAACCUGCACUUCGAAGUCGACGACUGCUGCGACGACUGGGUCUACGGCAAAGACAGCUUCGACUUCAUCCACGUCCGCGGCCUGUACGGUUGCGUAGCAGACUGGGAUAAAUUCUACAAAGAAGCUCUUGAUCACCUAAAACCAAACGGCUACCUCGAACAAGUCGAAGUGUCCGUAGUGCCCAAAUCCGACGACGGCAGCACAGCCCACACCGUCUUCGACGAAUGGGGCAGAGUGUCGCUGCAAGCCGGUGACGCAUUCGGGAAGACGCUACGCAUCGUGGACGAAGCGAAGGAGAAGAUGAUACAGGCCGGGUUCGUCGACGUCCAGGAACACCGCUUCAAGUGUCCUGUCGGGCCGUGGGCGAAGGAUCCGCGUUUGAAGGUGCUGGGCAAGUACAAUCGGUUGCAGUGGGAGAUGGGGAUCGAGGGGUGGACUAUGAUGCUGUUGACGAGGUUCUUGAACUGGACUCGGCAGGAAGUCGAUGUGUACCUCGCGCGUAUGCGUCAGGGACUGCGCGAUCCGAGUAUCCAUGCUUAUCAGGAGAAGGUAGUAGUAUACGGCCGCAAACCAGGCAGCCCCCUGUGAUGUCACCAGAAGGGCCCAGAACACUCCCCACAACGUCAUAUCCCAUAGCUUAAUGAACAGAGUUUACGUUUAACCUAGAAAUAAAAGUA